AUGAGUGGAAUUAAGAUGAUAGCAACUUGGAUCUUUUUAAAAAGUAGUUGUGAUUUCUAUGUUAGUACUUCUAGCCUGCCAAAGCAGUCUCUAAAACAUUAUGGAAUUACAUCACCAAUUAGCUUGGCUCAUCCUAAGAAUGUUGAUUUAAUUCAAACUCAGAGGCUGAUUGAAGCAAUGAAGCCAUUUGAUGUGUUUGAGGAUGAUAAAGAACUCAAUCACAGGUUCAUUGUUCUUGGCAAACUGAACAAUUUGGUCAAAGAAUGGAUUGCUGAACUUGGUGAAAGCAAAAACCUUCCCCCCUCAGUGCUAGAAAAUGUCGGUGGAAAGAUCUUUACAUUUGGAUCUUACAGACUUGGAGUACACACAAAAGGUGCAGACAUAGAUACUCUUUGUGUUGCUCCCAGGCACAUUGAAAGAUCAGAUUUUUUUCAGUCUUUCUUUGACAAACUUAAACAUCAGGAAGAAAUAAAGAAUCUAAGGGCUGUUGAGGAUGCAUAUGUGCCGGUUGUCAAGUUUGAGUUUGAUGGCAUUGAGAUUGACCUGGUGUUUGCAAGAUUAUCAAUGCCAACUGUUUCUGACAAUCUGGAUCUUCAAGAUGACUCAUGCCUGAGUAGCCUGGAUAUCAGAUGCAUACGAAGCUUAAAUGGCUGCCGUGUUACUGAUGAAAUUUUAAAUCUUGUGCCAAAUAAAGAGAACUUCCGACUCACACUCCGUGCAAUUAAACUCUGGGCAAAAAGACGUGGCAUUUAUUCCAACAUUCUGGGAUUUCUUGGUGGUGUUUCCUGGGCAAUGCUUGUGGCCAGAACAUGUCAGCUCUACCCCAAUGCUUCAGCUUCAACUCUUGUCAAUAAGUUCUUCUUGAUUUUUUCAAAAUGGGAGUGGCCAAAUCCUGUCUUGCUCAAACAGCCAGAAGACAGCAACCUUAAUUUGCCAGUGUGGGACCCUAGGGUGAACCUAUCGGACAGAUACCAUGUAAUGCCUAUCAUCACACCUGCCUAUCCACAGCAGAACUCCUCUUACAACGUAUCUACAUCAACGCGAGCAGUAAUGGUAGAGGAGUUUAAACAUGGGCUUGCAGUCACCAAUGAAAUUCUUCAAGGAAAAUCCGGGUGGUCCAAGCUAUUUGAACCACUGAACUUCUUUCAAAAGUACAAGCACUACAUUGUGCUGACUGCUAGUGCCUCUACUAAAAAACAUCACUUGCAGUGGAUUGGCCUGGUUGAAUCAAAAAUUCGUGUGCUGGUUGCCAAUUUAGAAAGGAAUGAAUUUAUCACCAUUGCACAUGUGAAGCCACAGGCUUUCCCUGGAAAGCAAGAAGUCCAUAAACAGAGUGAAUGUGUGUCAAUGUGGUUCCUUGGAAUAGUAUUUAAGAAAGUGGAAAAUGCAGAAAGGGUUAACAUCGAUUUAACAUCCGUUAUACAGUCAUUCACAGAUACAGUUUAUAGACAAGCCAACAAUCUCAACAUGUUAAAGGAAGACAUGAAGAUUGAGGCAGCUCAUGUGAAGAGAAAGCAUCUCCACUAUUUUUUGCCUGCAGAAACCUUACAGAAAAGAAAGAAGCAAAGCGUGCCAGAUACUAGUCAAAAUGUUGGUGGGCAUCACUGCCAAAGGACAUCUUCAGAUAAAAGCCAUUUGGACAGUUCUAGAGGCAUGGACUCAAGAACAUCAAAUAAUUCCUCUCUAUUAAAUAAGACAUCUAAACUGGACACCUCUACAGCAGAGAUGGGAAGAAAUGCUCUAUAUCAGAGAUCCAACAGUGCUAACCACGGAGAGAAGAUGCCUCAGGUUUCUGUGCCAUCAGUGUCUAUGGGACUGUCCUUUCCUGCUACUGAUACAAAAAUGGAGGCUACAGUUGCAGUAAGAACAUUGGGACCUCCCAUUGUGUUUGCCAUUCCAGGGCAUAAUGUAGCUUCUCAAUUCAGAGCACAUUCUGUCCAAGGACAGCAUGAAUUAAGUGGGACUUCAAGUACAGACCCUAGGAAGGCUGCACCUAAGCGACCUUAUUCACCAGCCUCUGAAGGACGUUAUUUACCUGCAUUGGAAGAAUGCCCCAAAAAACGAGUAGACAGAGAAAAGUUAACUGGACAGGAUUCAGCAUUUGGAGUUGGUGGCCGUCCAGAAGAUGUUGGAAGCAUAUCUACAGAAAAUGAUGUCUGUGGAGAAACCUCCAUGCGGAUUCCAGUUAUUGACACAUCAAGAUCACAGAGGCUCUCCAGUAAAGAACUCCCAGAUUCAUCAUCUCCUGUUCCAACAAACAGUAUUCGUAUUAUUAAAAGAUCCAUCAAACUUACCCUUAACGGAAGCAUGAAACCACGAAAGUAUGACAAACCGGUAGAAACAGACGCUGUGAGAUCUACUGGGAAGGCAACACCUUACCUGCCCUUUGAGGAAAUAGUUGCAGUGACCACGAGAGGGCAUUUUGAGACACCGCAAACCCAACCAUGUGGUCUUCUGAGACUCUUGAAACUCAAGGUGAUGUCAAGCAGCCUGAACUUCUUGCAAGCCCUGAGGGAAAAGGGAAACCUUGUAAUAAAAACCUUCAUGAGCGAUUGUUAUCCUCUGUUGGUGGAUCCAGUGCAUAAUGGCUACAUGGAGUGCUUGCAGCACCAUAAGAACAUGAGCAAGUUGCCUGAAGGCUGUGUGACCACCAGGCCCCAUGCAACUGAGAAAAACAUGGAUAUCAAGAAAGCUCGGUCUCUUCCAGAGAGGGAAAGUCAUGUAAGGAUGCUUCACAGGCAGGUGCUGAAAAAAGGUGAAGCAACACGGAAGGUGAAACCCCGCGGAAGUAGCCACUUUUUGCCUUUGUCGCCUUUUCCUCGGAGCUUUCCUAAAUCUCCCGGCUCUUCUAGCGCAGACUUUUCCAAGGCACGCCCCCCUUACUACUUCUGA